UUUGUAAAAAUCAUUAUUUUGUCUUUGGGCGGCUGCUUUCUCCGCUUAACUCAAAGAACGCUAUUUUCUCUCCUCCACGCCCUUACCUUUCUCCAUCUCAUCUCUCUUGGACAUUUCGUCAAACAGAUGGUGCUCGUUCCGAAGUAGCUUACGAACUAAGUAGGGGUUUAGCUUGGGUUUCUCCGAUUAGAAGGGGAACAAAAGGAGAAGACGACGGCUUAGCCGAGUGAUGUGAUAGAGAUGGAAGGAGUUGAGCUAGAGCUAGAGAGGAGGAGCAAGUUUUUGAACAGCUUGAUACAGAAGAAGAAGGCAAAAGAACAGCAAGAUCAGAAAGAUGAGUUCAAUGUUCGGGUUAGAGCUUCAGAUAUGCCUUUGGCUCAGCAGAACAAGGCCUUUAGUUUGUCGCGUGAGAUUUUGAAUGCUACCCCUGGGAAGGCUGAUAACAAACGACUCGCUCUUGCUCUCAAAAAGGACUUCGAUUCAGCCUACGGCCCGGCAUGGCACUGCAUUGUUGGGACAAGCUUUGGUUCAUACGUCACACAUUCCAUUGGAGGAUUCAUAUAUUUUCAGAUCGACAAAGUUUACGUUCUUCUCUUCAAGACCGCAGUGGAGCCGUUAGAUCAAAAAUGAGAAAGAAAAAAAGUCGAUGAUCCUUCCUCCCCUUUCGAUUUCUCUGUCUUUGUAUUCACACUCUGUGUUAAUUCAUGGAGCUAAUCUCCUGCCUAGACAGAGUCCUUAUUGUGUAAUUAGAAGUGAUUGUCUCUUGUGAAUUGUUUCCACUUCACAAUGCAAAGAUAUUGUUGUUCUU